AUGGAAAAGGGAGCACCGAAGGCGGCGACGUCUUUCUCGUGCCCGAAAUGCAAAAAGACGAAUUUUGUCAGCUUCGGUGCAUUGAGGGAUCAUUUCACCGCUAAGGAGCACCCUUUUCGUUGUGGGACUUGUGAUCGUGAUUUCAAAACAGUAGAGGCUGUUUUGCAGCACUUUCAGAGACAUACAGCAUCGGUCCCAUCAGUUGCAUCCGUACCACCAGUUCCAUCCGUGCCAUCGGUUCAACCUAGCCUUACUAAGGCGUCGAAGGGAACCCAAACCGACCAGCCCAAUAAAGUCAAGCCUGGUUAUGCUUCGCAGAUCGAGCGGGAUCUCCAGGUAAUUCAAGCAAUCCAGGCCGCUCAAGGAUCGAAAACAAAGAAAGCAGCCAAGGCCCAAGCACAGAAAAGCGGAAAUAUCCCGCCAGCGAAGAUGGAACCCAUCAAAACGAAACCAACUCCACGCCCGAAGGAAAAUGCAAAAGAUGCCGAGGUUCUCCCAGCGGACGUCGGACCAUGUGAGACCAACCCCGUUCUCCUCUGUCCGCCCGAGCAGGAAACGCUGUAUCGUCGCUUAAUCGGUAAAUGCCAUGGCGGUAGUCGGCUUUACGCGCAUGGCUUCACAGUCCCUUGGAAUAUAAAGAGUACAAAGAAACAGAAUUCAAAAGGCUCAGUCAGUACUCAGGACUUUAUAGAGCUUCCUGAUGCAUCUGAAGAUAUAGCACCGGGAACAAAGAAACACGCCAUCGUUAUCGACUGUGAAAUGGUUGAAGUGGCAGGCGGACGCCGAGAGGUGGCUUUUCUCACCGCGCUAGAUUUCCUCACCGGUGACAUCCUAAUCAAUCACUAUGUACAGCCCCGAUCGAAGGUUACGGGCUGGAACUCUAGAUAUAGCGGUAUAACCUCUCGUGCUCUGAAUCAAGCUAUGAGAACAGGGAAGGGACUUCAUUGGGAUGAGGCACGGGCAAGAUUAUGCAGCCUUGCUAAUAAUGAAACGGUCCUUAUCGGACAUGCUUUAAACAACGACCUCGAUGUACUGGGGAUUAUUCAUCUGAAUAUCGUCGACUCAUGUAUUUUGACAUGCGAAGCUGUGUAUCCGGAUUGGUCCUUCGACAAGUCUCUCCCUCGUACCUGGGGAUUGAAGAGUUUGACCAAGGAGCUUCUGGGCUAUGAUAUACAGACUAGCAAGCUCGGACACAGUGCCCUGGAAGAUGCGUAUGCGACCAGGGAAGUCGUUAUAUGGUGCAUUACGAAUCCGAAGGAGCUACAGGAGUGGGCACGGAAGACUCGGCAACUUGAAGAUGCGCGACAGGUUGAGAUUGCACGGAAAAGAGAAGAAGAGCGCCAGAAGAAGCUGGCAGAGGCGAAGAAGCGUAGGGAGGAAGCUCAGAAGAAAGAGGAGGCCAGGAAGCAUAAGGAAGAAGCUAAGAAGCGCGAGGAAGAAGAAGCAAAAGCCCGCAGUGAAUAUCUGCCAAGACCGGUGGUCAUACCCAAUUUUGUUCCUAUUCCGAGACCUGUUCAAGUUCCUGUCCAAGCGCCCGUUGAGGCGGGGGAGAAGAUCGACGAGAAUUGGUCUGAUAUCGGAGACGAAUUCGUACCAUUGCUUUGA